AUGCCCCACCCACCAGAUCGUGACCCACGCUACGACCGCCACCUCGCCCCAACGCUCGCGGACGUACCACUCAACCCGCGCCGGCGGCUGCGGGACGGUACGGCCAGUGCGAGCGUUUCGUCACGCUCUUCAUCACGGAGUGCGCGGGGGACGAAGCGGACGCGCUCGGUGCUAUCCGAUAGCGAGGCGGAUGUGACUACCAACGCGGAGGCUAGUCGCCGCCUUCCUGUCCUGCAUCCCCGCCUUCCCCGCCCAGAUGAUGUGGAGGGCUCCGACGCUGGCCCAUCUCAGCCUCUGGAUGUGGAAGACGAACGCAGAUCAAGAUCAAGAUCACGUAGCGCUCAGCAGAUGUCCUCCCCAGGGGCCGAGGAAGGUCCCGCUGCACCAGAACAACCCGAGCCGGAAGAUGGCGGCACCGUCAGCAGUGAUGACGAGCCCCUCAGACGGUCACGCUUUCCCAGCCUCUUGGGCGCAGAAGGUACCACACAUGGUUCCAGUGACCCACACCCUAACAACACGAUCGAGUCUGACCUCACCGAGAACUCGGGCUCGGGCUCGAACUCGAACCGCUCGCCUUCACCGACCUCCACAUCGACGUCAUCUGGCCCUCGAUACACGACGCGAGAAAAGGGAAAGGGACGCGCGAUUCCCCGCGGCCUCAUCGAUGUGAGCGACAGCGACGACGAUGACAUGGUCGACGAGAGUAUCCAAUUCAUCGAGAGCCGGGCGGCACCGCCGAUCGAUAUCACGGACGACUAUGACGAGCAGGAGCCGCCUGAGGCGGCUAUCGAUGAGGAGAGCGCCAUCUCCGCGUUCACAUGUCCCAUUUGCUUUAUGGCACCGACGGCCCCUGCCCUCACACCAUGCGGGCACGUCAUGUGUUAUGGAUGCCUCCACCAAUCCAUGGUCGCCGCCAUGGGACGCCUGCCAAACCCAUACCCACGCUUUUCACCGCGGAGACGAGGAAGGAAACCGAAGCGCAGUCCUUUCGCCGAUCUUGGUGCAGGCGGGCGGUACAUUCCACCUGCCAAAUGGACAGAAGAAACCAUCAGAGAAGCCUGGAGCGCCUCGCAGGAUGACCGCUAUCGUCGCCAGCUCAUCCGCGACGGCUUGUCAGCCGCGGACAUCGAGGCGACUCUCAAGCUUGUGCGUGACGGGCGAGACGACAGCGUCAAACAUCCGCUCGAGGGACUGUGGGACCUGGGCAACAAUCGCUGGGUUAUCGAAGGCGACUGUCCGGUUUGCCGCAAACCGAUCCCUGGAGGGCUUGGACCGCUCGAGUACAGGCUCGGCCAUGUUGUACUGCUCGAGGCGAGGAUUGCGCGAGCGGGUGAGCCUGAAAUUUUGAGUCUGGUCUAG